GCUUAAAGGAUCGUUCCUUCGAAGAGCUCUUGGCCUCGGAGGAGCAAGCACGCUUCCAGAGCUUCAUUGAGAAGUCCACCGCUUCCGCUGUGGACCGAGAUGAAGAUUCAGGACCUCCUUUGUGCUUGAGGCUGUCCUUGCGGAGUGCGGCGGGCAUCCGGGUGGGUGCCGACGUCUAUCAUGUCCCGGUGCCAAAGCUCUUCGGGGCUGGACAACCAUACCACUUGAUCGCCUUUAAGGAGGAUCCUGAGGCGCGACCGCAGCCAGAUGCUUCAGAGGAUGCGGUGCCUAAGGAGCUUCUGCAUAGCUGGGAGACUCAAGGGAACGGAUGGACGAGCAGAAGCGCAGCAUCCAUGGUGAGCAGCGGAGGACGCAGUUCCUGCCAUGUCUGUCCGGAGUUGGAACAGAUCACCUUGCUGAUCGAUGUGGGGACCGAGUGUCAGGAUGUGCCACAAGCGCACUUGAGCUUCGAGCGACGCGAGGCGGAGGGUGAGAGCCACAUGCCGAGCUUGAGAAAGCUGGUGAAGCCGACGGACUGGCCAAAGCUCAGCGCAUCAGUGAGGAGAUUCGUCCAGCGGGCGCUGGAACGUCCGAACGUGCCGCCCAAGACGCUGAAGAAGUUGGCGCUGCAACUCCCAAGCCAGAAGGGAUGGGUCCUGGCAGAGGAGGCGACCAUGCACCAAAUCCAGAACUCGCAGAGGGUCUGGCUCCAUCUGAAGGGCUUCCGCCCUGAGAAGUCUGUGCGAGUCAGCUCAUUGAAUCUCAUCGAAGAAACCGUGACCCGACCGAUGCGCAGUCGAUGCGCACGGGGCAGUCGAGACGGAGACGACGGAGCGGACGAGGCGGAGCGGUGUCGUUUCCCCGCGGAGAAGGUCUUUGAGGGUGGGGGGUGAGUGGGGUUCAGGAACAAUGAAGCGUGCGUGAGGUGGACGCGAGGACGUCAGAUGGAGGUGUCCAGAAACACCUCCCCACCUGAAGCGCAGCUUCUCAAUGUGACUUGCAUUUGUAUUCGGCGUAGUGAUUUUCCUGUGUGACUUGUGCGAAACUGUUUGAACCAGCCUCCCACAAAAGGCUUCAGCAAGGUCGGGUGGUUCUCUCAAAAUCACCAUCGACUGAGCUCCCAUUUGGGCCAAUUCGGGAUGCGAGGCUUCGAUCGAAGGCAUGCGAAAACGGAGCCGCUGGGACCCUACCGGGUGCCACGGGACUUUUGGGCCUACAUGAGGAUGGUUUUGAGAUGUUUUCA